AUGAGUUGGUGGAACUCAUUGGAGAAAGCAGGCAACAUAUCGAAACUGGCAAUCACAGCCUUAAAAAGUGCUCAGCAGAAAAUAGAUGAAGUCCUUGAUAUUACGGAUGAAGCUACUGAUCGUAACGCACUGCCAACGAUAUUGGAAAUCUCAACUAGACAAUUUGACGUAACAGAAACAGUAUCUGCUGAACUAAAUGAAUCAAGUCGUUGCGAAUCGAAACCGAAGAAGUCGGAGUGUGAAGUAAGCAGCGAGUGUGCAGAUUUGGAGAAAUCUUGUUCAACAAGGUUGGGAAGUCAUCACUCGUCUCUUACAGAUUCUCUGGAAAAUGUUAUUUACGAUCAAUCAGACCAUUCUUCACCCAAUGAUUCUGAUAAGGUGCUAACUGAUGAGAACACUAAAACUGAUGAGCUGUGGGAAGUAAAUUCUACAUUAUUUAAUGAUUGUUCUACCGUCACUGAACAAAAAGCAUCACAGGAUUUGUGUGAAAAAGAGUAUGAUGAAUCAAAAAUAACAAUUUCUUCGGAAUACAUUGCACAAGAAUCAGUCGAUGUAACUUCGCACUUGUCAUUCCUAGAAAAGGAAUUGCAGUUAGUGAAUAAAUCAAUUCCAAAUGAAGAUAUAACUACUUUUCAUCGUUCUUCAUCUGACAUAGUACUACCAUUCACUGCUCAACCAGUAUGUGCCGAUGACGAUUUUGAUACUAAUACCACUAGUUCGGAUAUUGAAGUAAUUUCGUGUUGUAAUUCUACAAAUGGUGGUGAAGUUCACGAUUUACAUUCUUCUAAUACACCUACUAUUAUGUCUCCUAUUAAAGGGCCGCGUUUGUCAUCGGGACUCAAUCAAAAUCCACUUAAUUUGCAAAAAUAUUCUCUCAGAGGAUUUAGUGCUCCGGUUGUUUUAAACAAAUGUUCUAGUGGUCCUGAACAUCGUAGAUCUGUUAGUGUUUCGCAGGAUUUACAUAUGGGUUUGCAAAAUACUGUUGAUGAUGAUUUGACAUUUGCCUAUCAUGACCUCUCUAAGAAAUUCUCCGAUGUCAAACAUUUAUUAAAUGUUCGUGAAGCAAAAAUUAUGCAACUUAGUCAUGAGAACAACGUACUACAGAAUUCAGUCUCAAUAUUGCAAGAGCAAUUAAGAACUUCGCUGACCACACAAGAAAUCAAUAGUACUGAUGUGUCCAGUAUCACCUCAGAAUUUUCUCAACGUUUAUCGGAUACAGAGAAACGAUUACAGCUUGUUUGUCGUGAACGAGACCAAUUGAAAAAAAGUUUAUCGUCAGUGAAACAGAAAAUUCCGAUUAUAACACGUGCUGUAGGUGAUGAUAAACCUUUCGUAAAUAAUGAUAUAAAACGUGUAAAUGAAUUAGAGAAUGUAAUUUUGCAGAAAAAUGAGGAAAUUGAGAAUUUAUUAAAAGAGGGUCAUAAAUUAGCUGCUGAUCAGUUAAAGACAAAUAAUCUACUAAAAAAACUUCGUUCAGAACAGGAAAAAAGCAAGCAGACACAAUCAUCACAUUUGAAACAAAUUGAACAAUUAACUGCUGAAGUUCAACGACUGCGAAACAGUUUAGAAAAUAAGGAAGAGAUACUCGGUAUCCAACUAGCUAAUUCUACUAGACAAACGAAAGUGAUAAACAAUUUGGAAGAACAACAGGAAAUUCUUAAGAUUCAAAUCAGUAAGAAUGAAAUUAAAAUAUCUGAACAAACACAGGAACUGGAGACUCUCAUCAAUGAAAAUUCAGAGUUGAAAGAACAGUUGAAUCAAAUUCACUGUCAUUCAAAAGCUGAAAGUCAAUGUGUCGAAGAUUUAGAAAAAGCGAAGGCUGAAUGCGAAACCUUGAAACAGAAAUUGAACAGCAAUUCAAGAGAUUUACGUGCAUUUAAAACACAACAUGAAGAACAAGCAAUUAAAUGGAGAGAAGAAAUUCAGUAUUAUCAGGGUUUAUUGUCGGAUGCUCAAUUGAAAAUUGAUCUAUUGAAUGAAACAACUACCACUGCAACGCAACCAAUCAUGAAACAAUUAGAAAUUCUUCAAUCUAAUUUCAAUAAUCAAGCAUUUGAAUGGGAAACAAAGGAAAGACAACUGAACAAAUUAUUAGCUGAAUAUAAACAUACAGCCGAUAGUGCUCAAACGUCUGAAGAAUCAUGGCGAAGUCAGCUUCAAAUAACAGAGGAUAAUUUAGCAGUAGCUAGAUUAGAAUUGAAUUCUUUAAAGCAGAAAUACAUUGAUUUGCUGAAAACAUUUACGGCAGAGCAAGAAAAAUCACAGGGUAUCAUGUUCGAUAUACAAGAAUUAACUGUCAAACUAGAAACAUCUAAAUCUGAAAUUAAUGAACUUCAUUCUCGUAUAAGCGAAUUACAACAGGUAUUAUUAUCUGAAGAGCAACGUUAUAAAACAUUAGAAGCGGUAAAUAAUAAUUUAUGCUUACAACUAGAAGAAAUGAAGUUGGCAAAAGACCAACCUUUGACAAAUAAGGUCAUCGAUCAACCAUUGAAUUCACAUUCCCUUGACCGAAGAUCUUCAUUAAACAAUGAAGUAGCCAGUAUUCCGAAAACAUUUCAACUUUCUUCUGAUAUGGUCAAUCAAGCUUCUAUGGAAUAUUUUCAAUCUCAUUUACAUUUACGCGAAGGUGAAUGUGCUCAUUUGAAACGUGAAAUUGAACAAUUAACAUCUACACAAGAAAAAUUAUUAACUGAAGUUGCUAAACAAACGGCUCGAGCUGAGAAAUAUGAAAAGCUAGCAGGUGUAAAAUAUACAAAACAUGUAAAUAGAACUUUAUCACAGUCAGAUCCCUUUGCUCCUAUUACAAAUAAUCACCAUGAUCGUGAUGUUGGUGAUGUAAUUGAUGACAAUGAUCCUACAAUGGAAUUACAACAACGUUAUGAAACUUUAUUGAUUUUAUGCGGUAAAUUAACGGAAGAAAAUAAUGAACUUAAAUUGGAUUUAGCUGAUGUUAAAGAAAUGUAUAGAGCUCAGAUUGAUAUGCUUCUAAAAAGUCAAUAG